CGAAGAACAAACACAAAAUAAACCAUGGCACCUUCUGCUCCAAUUUCUCCACCUAUGGAGUCCACUGGCAACCGCCUCAUGUCUCUUGAAUUGAAAGAUGGAACCAUCGUUCAAGGUUACUCUUUCGGUUCUGAGACUCCAGCUGCCGGUGAGCUUGUCUUCCAGACCGGUAUGGUUGGCUAUCCAGAAGCCAUCACAGACCCUUCUUAUGAGGGUCAAAUCUUGGUGAUCACUUACCCACUUGUUGGUAACUAUGGUGUUCCUGACCGUGAGCUCAAGGAUGAAGACGUUCCACAGUUGCCAAAGUACUUUGAAUCCAACAGAAUCCACAUUGCUGGUUUGAUUGUUGCUCAUUACACAGAGGAGUACUCUCACUACUUGGCAAAGUCUUCAUUGGGUCAAUGGUUGAAGGAACAGAACAUCCCAGCUGUUUAUGGUGUCGACACAAGAGCAUUGACCAAGCACUUGCGUGAGUGUGGUUCCAUGUUGGGCCGUAUCAGUCUCCAAUCUGAUGCUUGUUCAGUUGAGGAGGCCUCCUCUGAGAACUGGCAAAGCCACUUCCAGAUCCCAGAAUGGGAUGAUCCAAACGUUAAGAACUUGGUUGCUAAGGUCAGCACUAAGAAGCCAGUUCUUUACACCCCAUCCCCAGACAAGGCUGUGAAGGGCCCAGAUGGCAAGACUCUGAGAAUUGUCGCUGUGGAUGUAGGUAUGAAGUACAACCAAAUCCGUUGUUUUGUUAGACGUGGUGUCGAGUUGAAAGUUGUCCCUCACGACCACGAUCUGAUCAGCGAAGAGUAUGAUGGUUUGUUCGUCUCCAACGGUCCAGGUGAUCCAUCUGUUAUGGAUAGCUUGGUUGAACAACUGUCCACGAUCUUGGCUUCCAAGAAGACUCCAGUCUUUGGUAUCUGUUUGGGUCAUCAAUUGCUCGCUAGAGCCACCGGUGCCUCUACAUUGAAGCUCAAGUUUGGUAACAGAGGUCACAACAUCCCUUGUACUUCCACAAUCUCUGGUCGUUGUUACAUCACUUCCCAAAACCACGGUUUCGCCGUUGAUACCACUACAUUGGCCAACGGUUGGAAGGAAUUGUUUGUGAAUGCCAAUGAUGGUUCUAAUGAAGGUAUUUAUCAUACCGAUUUGCCAUACUUCUCCGUUCAAUUCCACCCAGAAUCUACACCAGGUCCAAGGGACACUGAGUUCUUGUUUGAUGUCUUCAUUAAGUCUGUUUUGGAACACAAGACAACAAAGACAUUGAAGGCUGUUGAGUUCCCAGGUGGUAAGGUUGCUGAAAACUUGGCUGCUCACCCAAGAGUUCAACCAAAGAAGGUUUUGGUUUUGGGUUCAGGUGGUUUGUCCAUUGGUCAAGCUGGUGAGUUCGAUUACUCUGGUUCCCAGGCUAUUAAGGCUUUGAAAGAGGAAGGUAUUUACACCAUCUUGAUCAACCCUAACAUUGCCACUAUUCAAACAUCUAAGGGUUUGGCUGAUAAGGUGUACUUCCUUCCAGUUACUGCUGAAUUCGUGAGAAAGGUGAUUCUCCACGAGAAACCGGAUGCCAUUUACUGUACUUUUGGUGGUCAAACUGCUUUGUCUGUUGGUAUCGAGAUGAAGGAUGAAUUUGAAGGUCUCGGUGUCAAGGUUCUUGGUACCCAGAUUGACACUGUCAUCACCACCGAAGACCGUGAUUUGUUCGCAAAGGCCAUGGAGGAGAUUGGUGAGAAGUGUGCUAAGUCUCAAUCUGCCAGUUCCGUUGAAGAGGCUUUGGCAGCCGUCAAGGAGAUUGGAUUCCCAGUUAUUGUCCGUGCUGCCUAUGCUCUUGGUGGUCUUGGUUCUGGUUUCGCUGACAAUGAAGAAGAGUUGAUCGAGCUUUGUAACAAGGCCUUUGCCGCAUCUCCACAAGUCCUUGUUGAGAGAUCUAUGAAGGGCUGGAAAGAAAUCGAGUAUGAAGUUGUCCGUGAUGCCUUUGACAACUGUAUUACUGUCUGUAACAUGGAGAACUUUGAUCCAUUGGGUAUCCACACUGGUGACUCCAUUGUUGUCGCUCCAUCUCAAACUUUGUCUGAUGAGGACUACAACAUGUUGAGAACUACUGCUGUCAAUGUCAUCAGACACUUGGGUGUUGUUGGUGAAUGUAAUAUCCAAUAUGCACUCAACCCAUUCUCAAAGGAGUACUGUAUCAUUGAGGUCAACGCCCGUUUGUCCCGUUCUUCUGCUUUGGCUUCCAAGGCUACUGGUUACCCAUUGGCCUUCAUUGCUGCCAAGCUUGGUUUGAACAUUCCAUUGAAUGAAGUUAAGAACUCUGUCACCAAGGUUACAUGCGCUUGUUUCGAGCCUUCUUUGGAUUACGUCGUUGUUAAGAUUCCUAGAUGGGAUUUGAAGAAGUUCACGAGAGUUUCCACUCUUUUGUCUUCCUCUAUGAAAUCUGUCGGUGAGGUCAUGUCUAUUGGUAGAACUUUUGAGGAGGCUAUUCAGAAGGCCAUCCGUUCUGUUGACUAUCAAAACUUGGGUUUCAACCACACACCAGCUCUCAUGUCCAUCGACAUUGACUCUGAAUUGCAAACUCCUUCUGACCAACGUUUGUUCGCCAUUGCCAACGCCUUGCAUUCCGGCUACUCUGUCGACAAGAUCUGGAACAUGACCAACAUUGACAAAUGGUUCUUGAACAAGUUGCAUGGUUUGAUCCAGUUUGCUGGCUACUUGGAGUCCUUCGGAUCCAAGGAGAAGCUUACUCCAUUGGUUAUCCGUGAAGCCAAGCAACUUGGCUUUGAGGACAGACAAAUCGCCAAGUUUGUUGAUUCCAACGAAGUUGCCAUUAGAAGAUUGAGAAAGGAGUUUGGUAUUGUUCCAUUCGUUAAACAGAUUGAUACCGUUGCUGCAGAGUUCCCAGCUUACACCAACUACCUAUACAUCACUUACAAUGCUGAUUCUUCCGAUGUCACUUUCGAUGACCAUGGUGUUAUGGUCUUGGGUUCUGGUGUCUACCGUAUUGGUUCUUCUGUCGAAUUCGACUGGUGUGCUGUGACUGCUGUUAGAACCUUGCGUCUAAGUGGUACCAAGACCAUCAUGGUCAACUACAAUCCAGAGACCGUCUCCACUGAUUACGAUGAAGCUGAUAGAUUGUACUUUGAGACUAUCAACUUGGAGCGUAUCUUGGAUAUCUACGAGAUCGAGCAAUCUGCUGGUGUCGUCAUUUCCAUGGGUGGUCAAACUUCUAACAACAUUGCUUUGGAAUUGCACAGAAACGGUGUCAAGAUCUUGGGUACUUCCCCAGAGAUGAUUGAUUCAGCUGAAAACCGUUACAAGUUCUCUCGUAUGUUGGAUAACAUUGGUGUUGAUCAACCAGCAUGGAAGGAACUGACCUCCAUAGACGAGGCCGAAGGCUUUGCCGCAGAUGUUGGUUACCCAGUUUUGGUUCGUCCAUCUUAUGUUCUUUCCGGUGCUGCUAUGAACACUGUUUACUCCAAGGAUGAUUUGGCUUCAUACCUGGCCCAAGCAGUUGAAGUGUCUCGUGACUAUCCAGUUGUUAUUACUAAGUACAUCGAGAACGCAAAGGAAAUCGAGAUGGAUGCCGUUGCUAAGGAUGGUGAACUGAUCAUGCAUGUUGUUUCUGAACACGUUGAGAAUGCUGGUGUUCACUCCGGUGAUGCUACUCUGAUUGUUCCACCACAAGACUUGGACCCAGAAACCGUCAAACGUAUUGUUGUGGCUACUGCUAAGAUUGGUAAGGCUUUGAACAUCACAGGUCCAUACAACAUCCAGUUCAUCGCAAAGAACAACGAUAUCAAGGUGAUUGAGUGUAACGUUCGUGCUUCUCGUUCCUACCCAUUCAUUUCCAAGGUUGUUGGUACCAACAUGAUUGAAAUGGCCACUAAGGCCAUCAUGGGGUUCCCAGUUGAAGCCUACCCAACCCAAGAUUUACCACCAGAUUACUGUGGUAUCAAGGUUCCUCAAUUCUCAUUCUCCCGUUUGUCUGGUGCUGAUCCAAUUCUUGGUGUUGAGAUGGCAUCAACAGGUGAGGUUGCCACUUUUGGUCACAACAAGUACGAAGCUUACUUGAAGUCCUUGAUCGCUACCGGAUUCCAGUUACCAAAGAAGAACAUUUUGUUGUCCAUUGGCUCCUUCAAGGAAAAGCAAGAAUUAAUGCCAUCCAUCAAGAAAUUGUACGAGAUGGGCUACAACUUGUUUGCAACCGCAGGUACUGCUGAUUUUAUCAAGGAGCAUGAUGUUCCAGUUAAGUUCUUGGAGAUCUUGAAUGAGGAAGAUGAUGAACAGAAAUCCGAGUAUUCCUUGACUCAGCAUUUGGCCAAUAACAUGAUUGACUUGUACAUUAACUUGCCAUCUUCCAACAGAUUCCGCCGUCCUGCUAACUACGUCUCAAAGGGUUACAGAACUCGUCGUAUGGCUGUUGAUUAUGCCGUGCCAUUAGUGACCAACGUCAAGUGUGCGAAGUUGUUGAUCGAGGCCUUGUCUAGAAACAUCUCUCUUGAUGUUUCUAGCAGAGAUGCUCAAACUUCCCACAGAAUCAUUACAACUCCAGGUCUCAUUAACGUAUCCUCAUUUGUUCCAUCGUUUGAGUCAUCUUCUUCAUUUGAGGAGUUGACUAAAUUGUCCUUGUCCUCUGGUUUUACUUACAACCAUGUCUUGCCAAUUUCUCAAAAUGGUGCUGCCAUCUCUGAUGUCCAGACUUUGAAUGCUAUUACCACUGCAUUGUCCAACGCUGGUUACACAGAUUACAGCUUAUCAUUUGCUGCUACAAAAGACAAUGAAGCUCAAGCUAUUCAAGCUUCUUCAUCAGUUGCGUCAUUGUUCUUGUCGUUCAACAAGUUCCUUAAGAGCAAUGUCUCUGAUGUGACUUCUCUCUUUGCUGAAUGGCCAUCAAACAAGCCAAUCAUCACUGAUGCUAAAUCCACUGAAUUGGCAUCUUUGUUGUUGUUGGCUACCUUGAACAACAGAAACAUCCAUGUUACUGGUGUUAACAGCAAGGCUGACUUGUAUAUGAUCAAGUUAGUCAAGGAGAAAUCUUCUCUAGUCACAUUCGAUGUUUCAAUCUAUUCCUUGUUCUUGUCUCAAGAUGAAUACCCAGAAGCUUCAUUCUUGCCAACAAAGAAAGCUCAGACUGCUCUCUGGGAGAACUUAGACAUCAUUGACGUAUUCUCUGUCGGUAUCAUUCCAAACUUGUUGGCAUCAUUCUUGGGCAAGCCAGCCACCGCAGGUGUUGGUAUUCCAGAUGCCCUUCCACUGUUGUUCUCGGCUGUUGACGAUGGCCGUUUGACAGUUGCUGAUAUUAUCGAGCGUUUGUAUACCAAGCCUGUCGAGAUCUUCAACUUGCCAGAGCAAGAUUCAGUUGUCGAGAUUGACUUGGAUCGUGAGUUGUCCACAUUGCAUGUUUCCUCAACUUGGUCACCAUUUGAGGGCAAAUUAAAGGGUGGUGUUGAACGUGUUCAAUUCUAUGACCAAACUGUGUGCUUGGAGGGAGAUUUGAUCGUCAACCAGGCUCUUGGUGUUGACAACUCAUCUUACAAGAAGAGAGGUAACUCUAUAGUCCAAACAACAACUGCUAUAGAACAAACACCUCAGACCCACAGAAAGGCCAGAUUCUCAUUCUCUGCAAGCGAAGCCACCCGUGCUCCACUUGUUGAGGAAAAGGGACCAGAAGUCAAGGGAACAGAGCUUGUUUCUUCACGUCCACCAAGAGAGUUGUUACCACCAAGUGCUCUUGCUACGUUCAUACGUAGCAACAACCCAUUCUUGCGUCGUUCUAUCUUGUCUGUACAAAACGUUAGUCGUUCUGAUUUGCAUGCUUUGUUCGCUGUUGCUCAAGAGAUGAGAUUGGGUGUCGAGAGACAAGGUGUUCUUGAUAUCUUGCAAGGUCGUUUGUUGACUACGAUGUUCUACGAACCAUCUACUCGUACUGCAUCUUCAUUUGAUGCUGCUAUGCAAAGACUUGGUGGUAAGACCAUUGCCGUCUCUGCUGCUGCUUCAUCUGUUAAGAAGGGAGAAACUUUACAGGAUACUAUUAGAACCCUUGCUUCAUAUUCCGAUGCCAUUGUCUUGCGCCAUCCAGAGGAGUCAUCUGCUGAUAUUGCUGCCAAGUUCUCCCCAGUUCCAAUUCUGAACGGUGGUAACGGUUCCCGUGAGCAUCCAACACAAGCAUUCUUGGAUCUGUUCACAAUCCGUGAGGAACUUGGUACUGUUAACGGUAUCACUGUCACAUUUAUGGGUGACUUGAAGUACGGUCGUACUGUCCACUCAUUGUGCCACUUGCUUGGUUUAUACCAAGUUCGUGUUAACUUGGUUGCUCCAAAGGAGUUGCGUUUGCCAGAAGGGAUCAGAGAGGAGCUCAAGGCUAAGGGCAUGCUUGCCGUUGAGUCUGAGGAAUUGACCAAGGACAUUAUUGCAAAGUCUGAUAUCCUGUACUGUACAAGAGUUCAACAGGAACGCUUUGCUGACCCAGCCCAAUACGAGAGACUCAAAGAUACAUACAUCGUUGACAACAAGAUUCUCUCUUCUGCUAAGAAGCACAUGGCUGUUAUGCACCCAUUGCCACGUGUUAACGAGAUUAGAGAGGAAGUUGACUUUGACCAAAGAGCUGCAUACUUCAGACAGAUGAGAUAUGGUUUGUUCAUCAGAAUGGCUCUUCUUGCUAUGGUCAUUGGAGUUGACUUCUAAUCUUGAUAUUUUGGAUUGUUAAUUUGUUUUUGUCUUUUGCCCCGUGUUAAUGAGAGAUGUUACAAGAGUGACUGGAGACCACUCUUGUUUAGUACUUUGUUUGGAGACAGAGUUCUUGUUUACUGUCUCACAACAUCAAGGCAGAAAACGUUUCACGAAAUCCAGAAUAGAGAGCAUAUGAAAGAUCAAUAUUUGUUUUAAUUAGAGGUUUUUAAACGAAAACACAGA